AUGCGUGUGGUCAACCCGCGAUACCAGGUUUCAGCUGAACCACGCAAUUUACUGAGGGCCAAGUGGCAAUGGCAAAAAACCAAAUCCGCCAUUUAUGGUUAUUCACCGCUAAUUCCCAAAUCAAUUGACCGAUCAAAUUCAUCAGCAACAACUAAAAAAAGGCAGCUAAAUCUCCAACCUACCGUGGAUGAUGUCGUUAUAAAACAAAAAAACAAUAUUUCAGUUAACAUUAGUCCUGAUUUGUUGAAGGAAGCAUGUACAGAACUGCUAACAGUUUACGGCCGUCCAUUCAGCAUGUUUAAUGAUUCGGAUUUUCGAAAAAUUUUAGAUCUGAUAAUAGCUGGACUGACUGGACUAAAAUCGCAAUACAAUGGGGCAAAUAUGCUCAAAGCGGUGAAUUUGUUAGAAGACCAGCAAAGCGAUAUUAUUAGUGACGAAGAAGAAAAUAAAGAACAAGAAAACGAAGAAAAAGAAAAUGGAAGUAAUGCAUUUAUUACGAAACAAGAUGCUUCCAUAGCUGACAUUGCUACAAAUUCCGGCUGCACACACUUUGCACACAGUACACAUGGUAUGUUGGAAAAACUCCUAUUAUUGAAAUACUUUUGUAGAAACAUGGCGAAAAUGAUUGGUCAUGUACACAUCUGUAAUGUUUUAAAUCCUGCAAAAAAACAAACAGCAAAAUUAUUCCAAACAGCGCAUUUGUUGGGGGGAGAUUUUUAUUCUACCUGGCUGCAGCGUAAAAUGGAAACAAGCAAAAUUUGUAGCCGAUUUUCAAAAAAUUUAGUAGAAUCACUAAACGAAAGGGAAAAUGCACAAUUUUAUCAAGAUGUGACUAUGUCAGCAACAUUUCUUGAUCCAAGAUUCAAAGUAGUUUUAUCUACUUCACAAAUACUAAAACAUAUAAAUGAAGGUAACAAUUUCGUUGAAGAAUCAUCUCUAAAUUCAACUUCAACAGAAGAAGAUGGAAUGAAAAUGAAACCGCGCGAAAAGCGAGACACGUAGGUCUUAAAAUAUUGCUUAGCAAAAGAGACGUCGUCAAAUGAAUUGUAUAAUGUUGCAAAAUAAAGUAUUGGUUUACCUAUGACACAAGUGAGUGAAUGAGCAUUUUCAGCACUGAAAUAAAUUUUAAAUUGUCAAAGGUCGAAUUUAACAGAAAAUUUAUUGGAAGGAGUCUAGCUUUUUAGAUUAAAUAGUUUCAAUUAAUUUUUAUAUAAAUAUAUUCAUAUACACUAAAAUUAAAAAUUAUCCUGCGAUUUAGUCCAGAAUAUAUCUUUAAUUUAAUUAACAAAAUUUUUUAUUGAUUUUGGA